AUGUCCUUCGACAAGCUCUUCGACGUGAAAAAUUUAUUCUACAUCGGCAACUUCCAGGGGGCCGUCAGCGAGGGUCAGAAACUCGUCCUGAAAGCCGAAGAUGAGAAGCUAGCUCGCGAUAUCUACGUAUUCAAAUCGUACCUGGCGUUGAAUAAGGCAACGAUCGUGUUGGCCGAAAUCCCGCAGGGCACAAAGUCAGAGACGCUGAAGGGAAUCAGAAGGCUUGCUGAAUAUGCUACCAGCAAGAACCAACCCAAAUUCCUCGAAGACAUCGAAGAAGAGGCCCAAUCGAGCAGCGAACCGUUGGCCCGAGUCGCAUACGGAGUUUUGUACCUUCAAGCACACAACCCCGAGAAGACGUUGCAACUGCUUCACAACGUCGAGCACCUCGAAGCACGGGGCGCCUCGAUUCACGCGCUGUUGGCCAUGAACCGGCCCGACGUUGCUAUCAAGGAGCUUGCCCGAAUGAGCGAGCAGGACGAAGAUGCAACAUUGACGCAGCUCGCGACCGCCUGGGUGAAUAUGUUCAUUGGAAAGGAGAAGCUGAAGGAUGCCUUCUAUAUUUACCAGGAGCUUAUCGACAAGUAUGGCGCCACCCCUUACCUCCUAAUCGGCAAAUCGAACGCCCUGAUCGCGCAGGGUCAAGGGGAAGAAGCGGAAGAGGCAUUGGAGGAGGUCCUGCAACGAGAUCCGAACUCCGUUGAGGCUAUGAUUAACAAAAUCCGGGCGCAACUUCACAAUGAUAAGAAGAAGACACCGUUGAACUUUGCAAGGAAGCAGUUGGUUCAGAUUGCCGCCGUCAAUCCUAACCACCCAUUCGUCCAAAAUAUCGAGAGAGCCCGGGUCAACUUUGAGAAGCUGAAGCAGCAU